CCACCCAUCUUAAACUGAUCUAACAGGUCUGCAUGUGAAAAACAUCCAGGUGAUUAAAGAGUUAUUUCCCUUCUACGGGAGGAGAGUUGACACACAACUCUUCCUGAUCAACCGGGCUGGAUAUCUGUGUUUUAAAAUCUCACACUCCUUAUUCAAGGUGAAAAUCAUCGAGACAUUUGUCAAACACAUCUACUGACAAUCUUCAACUUCUCGUUCUGUUCAUUCACCAACUUAUAAGUAGGAAAUCAUGAACUGGGGUGCUCUGCAGGCACUCCUUUAUGGAGUUAACCAAUACUCCACUGCCUUUGGCCGGGUCUGGCUCUCUAUGGUGUUCAUCUUCCGGGUCAUGGUGUUUGUGGUGGCAGCUCAGCGAGUGUGGGGGGAUGAAAACAAAGACUUUGUCUGCAACACUAAACAGCCAGGCUGUACCAAUGUUUGUUACGACCACUUUUUCCCCAUUUCACACAUCCGUCUCUGGGCCCUGCAGCUCAUUUUUGUCACAUGCCCAUCGCUCAUGGUCACAGGUCAUGUCAAAUACAGGGAGAUGAAGGAUUUGAAGUACACUAAACUACACGAGGGGAAGCACAUGUACGCCCACCCUGGAAAGAAACGUGGAGGGCUUUGGUGGACAUACCUGCUGAGCCUUAUCUUCAAGGCUGGCUUUGAUGCUGGCUUCCUCUACGUCCUGUACUACAUCUACGAGGGUUAUGACAUGCCACGCUUGACCAAGUGCUCCGUGUUCCCCUGUCCUAAUAUAGUGGAUUGCUACAUAUCCCGACCCACAGAGAAAAAGAUCUUCACCCUCUUCAUGGUGGUCUCGUCUGCUGUCUGUAUCUUAAUGUGUAUCUGUGAGAUGAUCUACCUCAUCUUCAAACGUAUCAAAAAGUUUAUGAAGAAGAGGAAGGAGGCAGAAAUGAAGUUAUUUGCAGAGACUCACGAGAUGAAACCACUCUCACGACCAAGGUCGCAAUACAAGUCCAGAACUAAAGAAAGAGUGGAUCCUACAGCUUCAAAUCAUAACAUCACCAAUAGUACAGUGGAAGAAAAGUCUUCCAAGGUAUAAAAAUUUCCGAUUCAUCCAAUCCUGCUGAAAAGCAAGAAAUAAACUUUUAAAGCCAUUAUAACAAACUCCAUAGAGAGGAACACCAUUGCUUAAAGCAAUCUUUGAAAGUGGAUUUGUAAAUCACCUCUAUCAGUUUAUCACAUAAACUGAUAUUCGAUACAAGCUCAACAUGGACUAAUUCAAACAAUGAAGUCUACGGUGAAAAAAAAAACUUUUGACUUGCAUGUUUGAAAAGACUAUUAUGUUUGAGUGUCUUUAUUUCUGGAGCCACUAUGUCUUUAUUUUAAAAAACGACAAAUUGUAAGCCCUCUUUUUGAGAUGUUCAGCUUUGAUACGCCCUAAUUUUCCCCUGAAAACUUUGCUCAAAUGUUCAAAAUUUCACAAGCAGUAGAUGCUGGAGUUGGAAAAAUAUAUUUUUUUCUGUUCGACAUGUCACAUCAACCGAAGAGAGAAGCUUAUCUGGGAGCUGGCGGGGAGAUGGACAGCGCUUCUGAUGCAGAGGGCUAUGAUCACUCCCCUGAAACUAUUAACGCCUAAAUUAACUUACAAAGUGGAAACCUGCCAUCAAAAUAUGUUUGCUUUUUAUUAUUUGGUGUUGCAGUUUGUACUAUAUACCUGAAAAAUAUAACAUCUACUUGCAGCUGCCACGAACAGUAGGGCGGCAUAGCCUGAGGUAGCUGCUGCUGGGGAUUCCCAGUGACAGCGCACCGUUGAUAUGUGAGGAUCAGAGAGCCUCAGACAGAGUAAUAAUAUUUUAAGGCAGGAUCGUAAUCUUGAUGAACUGAUUACGCAGACGAUGUUUUGAGGUAGACUUUCUUGCAUAAAAAUAUAUUAAAACUAAUUUUUACCAGCUGAUCACAGCAAAUAUAGCAAAGCCACUCUGCCAUCGAACAAAGGAGCAGCAGAAACAUCAGAUGUAUCUGUACAAACUUUACUGGACGCACUUCAUGAGCAUCAAAGAUCCCCUUUAGUCUUGUCUAACCUUAAUGUGUACAAGCAUCAAAAAUGAAGCAGCAGGUGCUUUUUUGAUGCUCAAAUUGUACUGUGAAGGUAGCAUUAAACGUUCGGAUUAUUGGAAUUAACCUAGGAAACCUAACAUUGUACCUGAAAAUGACCUAAUGUCUUCCUUAUGAAAUUUCCACCUCUAGUCAAGUUCACAUUUCUCAAAAUCAUGACGAAAAUAGUGUUGUGACGAAGACAAAAAGUUUGCUGCAUUCCACCUCAAAAUGCAGGAAAUAGCAUUUCAGAGAGUCUAAAUUUCAUAAUUUCCUGGGGUAGGAUACCCCCGGACCUCCCUAAACCACACAAACACUAAAGAAGUGAUACACCAAGGUAUACACCCUAUGAAAUAUUCCUAGCUAAAAGUCUAGUAAGAGGCGUAAAUAAUCAAGACCCACAGACAAAGUAAAUUAUGCUACUGACAUGGAGAAAAGCAACAACCACUAUUGAUUAACAGAUAAAUUAACAGAGCACAUUGUUGAAUGGAACAGUGGGGUGAAUGGCUUACAGCUGGAAUGUUUUCAAAACUGUCUUGUCAGUUUUAUGAAACUUUUCUACUGAACAAAUGUAACUUCAUAAACUGCUUUUAAUACUACUUUCAUAAAAGAAUCAAUAAAUACAUAUUGAAAAUGGGA